AUGGCUAGCCCCGCUCCAAUUUCUGGCUCGACAGCGAGCAGGAAGAAAACCGCCACGGAACGCUGGACACCAACAUAUCUCAUAUCUCAUCCGAUAAAAUUCACGCGUAUGGCGGUGCGCGCGCUGCUCGGGCGGAAGAAGCAGGGUGUUGUGCUGCUCAUAGCCUCCGUUGCCGGGCUGGAUGAGGUAUAUAGAGUAAGCCGCUAUAUGCUGCAUCUAAUCAUGCAAUUAAUCACCGACACCCCUAUCUGGGACAACGACGAAGAAUUAUUGUCAUACUUCUGGUCUGAUAGGGCACAGAUGCUGAGGCCGGAGCUCAGCGCCGCAUCCAUGGUGGAUCUAAUUCAGAAGGGCGAAUAUACCUGUGGUGCUAUAUUUUUGGAGGCUGGGGAGGUUAGCAAAGUAUCUUUAAGGGGUUUGAUAAUGAUCCUGGGAAUAUUGGGAAGAUAG